AUGAGAAAAACGCAAAUAUGGGAAAAACGCAAAUAUGGGAAAAACGCAAAUAUGGGAAAACCGCAAAUAUGGGAAAAACGCAAAUAUGGGAAAAACGCAAAUAUGGGAAAACCGCAAAUAUGGGAAAACCGCAAAUAUGGGACAAACGCAAAUAUGGGAAAACCGCAAAUAUGGGAAAACCGCAAACAUGGGACAAGCGCAAAUAUGGGAACAACGCAAAUAUGGGAAAAACGCAAAUAUAGGAAAAACGCAAAUAUGGCAAAAACGCAAAUAUGGGAAAAACGCAAAUAUGGGAAAAACGCAAAUAUGGGGAAAACGCAAAUAUGGGGAAAACGAAAAAAGGGGAAAACGCAAAUAUGGGGAAAACGCAAAUAUGGGGAAAACGCAAAUAUGGGAGAAACGCAAAUAUGGGAAAAACGCAAAUAUGGGAAAAAUGUAAAUAUGGGACAAUCGUAA